AACUUGCCUUUGUAUUUGAGAUGCUGCAACAAUUUGAAGAUGCCCUGGUACAAUAUGACGAACUGGAUGCCCUGUUUUCUCAGUAUGUUGUCAACUUUGGUGCUGGGGAUGGUGCCAACUGGCUGACUUUUUUCUGCCAGCCGGUGAAGAGCUGGAAUGGAUUGAUCCUCCGAAAGCCCAUAGAUAUGGAGAAGCGUGAACUGAUACAGAGGCAAGAAGCCACCCUGUUAGAUCUGCGCAGUUACCUGUUCUCUCGGCAGUGCACCUUGCUCCUCUUCCUGCAGAGGCCGUGGGAGGUGGCUCAGCGCGCCCUAGAGCUGCUGCACAGCUGUGUGCAGGAGCUGAAGCUCUUAGAAGUGAGUCUAUUUUCCCAAUUUACUCGUUUCUUCGUUGUUCAAACCCAAAACCCUGAAUCGCGAAUCGCAGGCAUUGAACUGUCUAUGCUGUAGGAAAGAAUUCUCUCUUCCUGAAUGUCCUGCAUUUGUAGCCUGUUAUUUGUGUACUUACUCUUUACACCGAUUGGGUAAUUGUUCAGAAGUGUCAUUUCUGCUCUCAGCGUGGGGGAGUUCAUGUCGGCCCAGAGCAAGACUCUUGGAUCGGUUUCUUCCCGUGAGGUUUUGAGAGCACUUCGGCUUUAUCCCCCGAGGAAGACGGCUCCCUGCCGCACACACGGCGUGAGGCCUUGUGGGCGGGCCUUCACUUGAUUUCCGAGCCGCCUUUCUGUUUUGCACGUGAACACACGGUAGCAGUGUGACGAACCGGAAUUAGUAGCAUGAAGUGUCGGGAGGGUGCGUGACGGGUGCGCGUGUGCACGUGUGUGCGAGUGAAACCCGUGAGAGAGGCGUGUACGGUGCGUCGGUCGCGGAGUGUUGGCCUUUAAGGAUCGAGUCCCCGGGCUCCUGCGCUCCUGCUGCUCACAGAAUCAGGCACGUUUUAGUGAAGUAAGGGAGCGUUCAUGACUGUCUAGUCUGGGCGGGGGUGGGGGGUCUCCCCUUUUUUGUUUCAGUGACCUCUCUGCCCAGAAAGGGGCAUCUGCGCACAUACACAGGGUUA